AUGGCAUACUAUAACAUCAAGAGGCUACAGAUUGACCAGCACAGGAACUGGAUGAUCAGAGCCAUGGUUUAUAUGUCGAGUAUUAUAACGCUCCGCCUUGUGAUGGUGAUUGGCGCGAAAAUCAUCACCAGUAUCAAUUCAUACUACAGGCUUAUGCGUUGCGACGAAGUCGCCUUUAUCAUGGACGACGUCUCUCGGUUCGCAGAAUCCUAUCCUACCUGCUUGACUGAUGCCAAUUAUGGCUAUGUUGCUGUUCAAGCGUCGUUCAAGUCCGGAUCUUCACCCGAGAAGAUCGGUGCUGCGUUCCGGUUGACCUUUGGGAUGGGAAUGUGGGUUGCUAUCUUAGUUCAUGUUAUUGGGAUUCGAUUGACACCUGCUGAAUCUGAGAGGUUGAGAGGAGUGGCAUACGAGAAGCAGCUGAAAGCAGGACUGACUCCUGCUGGGAGUGCGGGGCUUACGACAGAUGUUUGGGGAGACGCAGUUUGGGCGCCGAAGAAGAGUGCGGACGCGGAAUCUGUACCGCCCCAAAUGUUGGGUCAUGACCAGUAA